AUGGAGAAGUACUUCUCUGAGACUGCUAGGGAAGACAUGGAAAAUCAAUUCCUUGGUCUGAGACAGGGAGCGAUGACAGUGGGGGAAUAUGCUGCCAGAUUGGAGACACUGUCAAAGCACUUUCGCUUCUUCCAAGCGCAAGUCGAUGAACCGUACCUAUGCAAUCGGUUCAUGAGAGGACUGAGGAACGACAUAGAAGAGUCUAGACAGACGGGAAGGUUUGAUGGGCAGAGACAAGCUCGAAGGUUUGAUAAGGGUAAGGCACCGCAGAGAAAGUCUUAUCAACGUCCUGCUGACAAGGUACCCUUCGCUGGAAAAGGUCGGGCAGCUAUACCUAAGGAGGAAGUUGUUUGUUUUAAGUGCAAUCAGAAGGGGCACUAUGCAAAUGAGUGCGGGAAAGAAAUCAUGUGCUGGAAAUGCCAAAAGCCAGGGCAUAUUGAGAGAAACUUCCCUAAUGCAGCCAAGGCUGUGACGGUGCUGAAUACUACUAGAGGAAGGCGACCUACUGCUCCAGGACGUGUGUUCGUAAUAUCUGGGGAACAGGCUGAAGUUACUGAUGGCCUUAUCCAUGGUACGUGUGCUAUUUCUGGAAACUCCUUAAUGGAGUGUGCAAAGAGACUAGGGUUACUAACUGUAGAGUUACCCUUCGAUUUAGUGGUGACGACCCCUGCCGCCGAUCGUCUAGUUACGCGCACGACAUGCUUGCAAUGUCCGUUGAUAUACGAGGAUCGAAAGUUUCUUGUGAACCUCGUCUUCUUAGGGCUUAAAGAGCUCGAUGUGAUUCUGGGAAUGGAUUGGUUGGCACAAUAUCAUGUUCUCUUGGAUUGUGCUAACAAGGCCGUGGUGUUUCCAGAUUCAGGCGUUACGGAUUACUUAAAUUCGUACAUCUUGAGGAAGGGUUCACCAGCAUUCGUGAACUCCAUUGUAGCUGAGGCAAAGAACGAUGACGACGUGCGAAACAUCUUGAUAGUACAGGAUUAUGUGGACUUGUUUCCGGAGGAUGUGCCUGGAUUACCACCGGUGAGAGAGACAGAGUUUACCAUUGAUGUGAUGCCCGACACAGGGCCAAUAUCAAUGACGCCUUAUCGGAUGGCACCAGCGGAGAUGGCGGAGUUAGUCAAGCAGUUGAAGGAUCUCUCUUCGAAGGGAUUUAUCCGACCAAGUGUGUCACCUUGGGGUGCAUAG